AUGUUGUCCCGUACUGCUAUCCGUACCGCUUCAAGGUCGCUUGCCGCCGCGUCUGUGGCUCGCACAAUGAGGCAUAUCGCCAGACCAGCUCUUUUUGUUGCUGGCAGAAGAUAUGCGAGCGCCAAAGCUCAACCCACCGAAGUUUCCUCCAUUUUGGAGGAAAGAAUUAGAGGUGUUUCCGAAGAGGCCAAUUUGAACGAGACCGGUCGUGUCUUGUCUGUUGGUGACGGUAUUGCCCGUGUCUUUGGUUUAAACAACGUUCAAGCCGAAGAAUUGGUCGAAUUUUCUUCUGGUGUCAAAGGUAUGGCUUUGAACUUGGAACCAGGCCAAGUCGGUAUCGUGUUGUUCGGUUCCGACAGAUUGGUUAAGGAAGGUGAAGUGGUCAAGAGAACCGGUGAAAUUGUCGAUGUUGGUGUUGGUCCAGCUCUUUUGGGUAGAGUUGUCGACGCCCUGGGUAACCCAAUUGAUGGUAAGGGUCCAAUUGAGACCGCUGGUCGUUCCAGAGCGCAAGUCAAGGCUCCUGGUAUUUUGCCAAGAACUUCUGUCCACGAACCUGUUCAAACUGGUUUGAAGGCCGUUGACGCUUUGGUUCCAAUCGGCAGAGGUCAAAGAGAAUUGAUCAUUGGUGAUCGUCAAACUGGUAAAACCGCCGUGGCUUUGGAUACCAUUUUGAAUCAAAAAAGAUGGAACAGUGGUGCUGAUGAAAAGAAGAAGCUAUACUGUGUUUACGUCGCUGUGGGUCAAAAAAGAUCCACCGUUGCCCAAUUGGUGCAAACCUUGGAACAACACGACGCUUUGAAAUACUCUAUCAUCGUUGCUGCUACUGCUUCUGAAGCCGCUCCAUUGCAAUACAUUGCUCCAUUCACCGCUGCCGCCAUCGGUGAAUGGUUCAGAGACAACGGUAAACACGCCUUGAUCGUCUACGACGACUUGUCUAAGCAAGCUGUCGCUUACCGUCAAUUGUCUUUGUUGUUGAGACGUCCUCCUGGUCGUGAAGCUUACCCAGGUGAUGUUUUCUACCUGCACUCUAGACUUUUGGAAAGAGCUGCCAAGAUGUCCGACAAGAACGGUGGUGGUUCUUUGACCGCUUUGCCUGUCAUUGAAACUCAAGGUGGUGAUGUCUCUGCUUACAUUCCUACCAACGUUAUUUCCAUCACUGACGGUCAAAUCUUCUUGGAAGCAGAACUAUUCUACAAAGGUAUCAGACCUGCCAUUAAUGUUGGUUUGUCGGUUUCUCGUGUCGGUUCCGCUGCUCAAGUCAAAGCUUUGAAACAAGUCGCCGGUUCUUUGAAACUGUUCUUGGCUCAAUACAGAGAAGUCGCUGCUUUCGCACAAUUCGGUUCUGAUUUGGAUGCUUCUACCAAGCAAACUUUGGCCCGUGGUGAAAGACUAACCCAAUUGUUGAAACAACACCAAUACGAACCAUUGGCCGCCGAGGAACAAGUUCCAUUGAUUUACGCCGGUGUUAACGGUUACUUGGAUGCCAUUGAAUUGUCGCGUGUCGCUGAAUUUGAGACUGGAUUUUUGUCCUAUUUGAAAUCCAACCACGAAGAAAUUUUGUCUGCUAUCAGAGAAAAGGGUGAAUUGAGCAAAGAACUGCUAGGUUCUUUGAAGACUGCCACUGAAUCUUUUGUCGCGACUUUUUAA